AUGAACAGUCACCACACCACCACCAACAACUACACACCAACCUGCUCACCACCCCUAUUAGCUCCACCCUCGUCCCCUCCCCAGCCACCUCACCCCUCCACGCUCCUAUUCAACCCCCCUACCCGCCACCUCCCCGCCCCCCCCCCGCCGCACGCCCCCAUCGCUCCUCCCUCCCUCUCCCCCCUCCCGACCCCCCUCCACCUGUCCCCAAUCCUACCGCCCACCCCACUCCCCUAUCUCCCCCCCUCUCCCUCACCCCCACACCCAGCUCCCCCCCCACCCCACUCCGGCAAACUCAAAACUCCCCCUAAAACCGCUAAUAUCCCCCCCCGCCUCCCCCCCCUUCUCCGCCUGCCAGCCCUCCCCCCCUCUGCGCCCCCCAGCCCCCGUCCCCCCACACCCUCCGCCCGCUCCAUCUCACCACCCCCUACCUGUUCGCCCCGGCAGUACACUCCUCGCCCCCCCCCCGCCCCCCCCACCGCUCCCCCGCCCUCCCACCCCCCUCCACCCUCCAAGCCAACCAGACACCAGAAACAUGUACCGCCGCAACAUCCCACGCCAACAAACCACGCACUGGUGACAGUCUUCCACCCCACAUCCUUCCCAAGCCGUCCCCCGCUCCCACUCCACUGUCCCCUACACCUCUUCCCGACCACCACCAUACCCCCACACAGCCCCCCUAGUGCCCCCCCUAACCCCGCCCUCAACGUCGCCAACGACCUCCUCCCCCCCCCCGUACCCCUCCCCCUUUCCCCACCCAUCCCCCCCGCCCUCAACCCUCCCCACUCCCCCCGCCCCCCCCUCCCCCUCUUCCCCUUCCGCACCCACUCCUCCCCCCUCACCCAUGCCCCCCCCCCGCCCCCCUCAAAUCUCCCCACACGCCCACCACCGCCCCCGCCUUACCUUCGCCCACUCCCACCCCACGCUCCCGCUCCUCCCCACGCUCACCCGAAAUCACCUAACCCACCACCGCCUGCACACACUCGACCCCCUUUCCCCAGACUCGUUUCCCGACCCUCUCCCGGUACCCCCUCACUCCCCCCCGUUACCCCAGAUCACCCCUCACCACCCUCAACCACACCCUACGACCCACCGCCCAGUCCACCCCCAGAUCAUCUCCCUCCCCCCACGGCCCCAGACCACCCCGCCCACCUGCCCCCCCUCUGCCCCCUACCCCCACCCCUGCCCAACGCCCCGACUUCCCCCCUCGCCCUUCACCGCCCCACCCUGCCCCUCUACUCCCGUACUCCCCUCCCCCCCAAUCUUCCCCCUUUCACCCUCCCCACCCUCCCCUCCACCCCUCAGCCCCCGCCCCCCCCUUCCGCCCCGUACAGCCCCCCCUCCCAUAACCCCCCCCCCCGCCCCCACCACGUCCGCACUCCCAGCCCCAGCAAGCUACUUACUCCCCCUCACCUACUGCUCCUCCCGACCCGCCCCCGCUACGGCCCACUGCCCCCCCCCUAUCCCACCAGUGCCCUACCCUCACCCCAGAGUACUCCCCUCCCCCCGUCAUCCCACAGCCCCCGUCGCUCGCCAUCAACCUCCCCCCCUCCCCCCUUCCCCUCCCCCACUUCUUCACCCGCCUUCCUCUCGCUACUCACUUCCUCUCUCACUCCGAGGUCACGUAGUCCCCCCAAUCCCGUGGACCCAAGUUCCGACCGACUAGAUCCCACCUCUUCGUCACCCUCUCCCUCCCCCCGCCCUAACCCCCCCCCCCAUCCGCCCCGCCCCCUGUCCCACCCCUCCCCUCCCACUCCCCCCACCUCUCCAACCCGGUCUAGCUCCUCCCCCCUCGGCCCCCGGCCACCUUUCACCCCCCUCUCCUCCGCCCCCCCGCCGACGCUCACACCCUCACCCCCCCCUCCAAACAUCUCAUCCGUUCACCACCCCUAUAACCCCCCCGCUCGCCCUUCCCUAUUCCCUCUCCUUCUCCCACCCCCAUACUCCACCUAUAUUACUCCCCGCCUUCUCGCCCCGCUCUCCUCACCCAGUCCUCCCCCACAGCCCCACGACAUACACAGCUCCCCUCCACCCACCUCCGCUCGGCGCCCCCCCGUCCCCCCUCGGCGCACAUUCUCCCCCCCCCCUCCCCCUGACCACCCCCUCCGCCCCACCCGCCCUCAUACCUACUCCCCCACUUUGAGCAACUCCCUGCGCCCCCGCCCCCCUACCCGCUCUGUGCGCCCAUCUGGACUCCCCAUCCCCCCCGCCAACCCUCUAUAUCCUCGCCCACCCUAUGACAUCACCCGCUCUGCCGCACUCCCACUCCCCAUCCCCGCCCCUCCUACCAACAGACCCCCGCCUUGCCUCCCUCUCAACGACCCUCCCCACCCGCGCCACGUCCACCCCUCCACCCCCACCACCGCACCUCUUACUACCUCUUGCCCGCAGCCUCACCCUCCCAUCCAAGAACUUCACGCCUCUCCUCUAACUCGACUAUCCCCCCUGCCCUCAACCACCAUCCCCCUACCAGUUCCAAUCCCCUGCACGUCCUCACCCCCCGGCCUACCCAUCGUCCCCCUCCCCUUGUCCUCUCACCCCUCCCCCCUCCUGUCCCCCUCCCCACCUCUGGGCUCACCUCUUCCUGUCCUACCCCUCCUACAUCUCAAUCUCCCGCCCCCGGUCUCUCUCGUACUCCUUCCUUCGUAA